GAACGUUGAAUGCGGAUUUUCUACAUCUCAAACUGGCAACCCGCAUGUUGUUCAGGGGGAGGCGCUAGUCCGCAGUAGUUUCUGGAAGGAACCUCAUGCUUGCACCAUGGAGAAAGUUUCAGCAUUGAAAGACCAGGGCAACAAGGCACUGAGUGCAGGAAAUAUUGAUGAGGCUGUACGUUGCUACACCGAAGCUUUGGCCCUUGACCCUUCAAACCAUGUCCUGUUCAGUAACCGCUCAGCUGCCUAUGCCAAGAAGGGCAACUAUGAGAAUGCUCUCCAGGACGCCUGUCAGACCAUCAAGAUCAAGCCCGAUUGGGGCAAGGGCUACUCCCGCAAAGCUGCAGCAUUGGAAUUUCUUGGCCGAUUGGAGGAUGCUAAGGGAACUUACCAAGAGGGAAUCCGGCAAGAGCCAGGCAAUCAGCAGCUAAAGGAGGGUUUACAGAACAUUGAGGCCCGGCUUGCAGAGAAAACGAUGAUGAACCCCUUCGCCAUGCCCAACUUGUUUCAGAAACUGGAGAGUGAUUCUCGCACCCGUGAGCUGCUGUCAGAUGCAAGCUACAGAGAACUGCUGGAGCAGCUCAGGAACAAACCAUCAGAGCUUGGAACGAAGCUGCAGGAUCCUAGAGUAAUGACCACUCUCUCUGUGCUGCUGGGACUUAACCUUUCUGAGAUGGAAGAAGACGAGGAGCCCACUCCCCCUCCUCCCCCCAAACCCAAAGAGACUCAGCCACCUCCUCCCAAAGAGGAAGACCUUCCUGAAAACAAGAGAAAGGCCUUGAAAGAAAAGGAAUUAGGAAAUACUGCAUAUAAGAAUAAGGACUUUGAAACGGCGCUGAAACAUUAUGAAGAAGCAAUCAAACAUGACCCCACCAACAUGACCUAUAUAUCUAAUCAAGCAGCUGUGUACUUUGAGAAGGGAGAUUUUGAGAAGUGCCGAGAGCUGUGUGAGAAGGCCAUUGAUGUUGGCAGAGAGAACCGUGAAGACUACAGACAAAUUGCAAAGGCCUUGGCUAGGAUUGGAAACUCGUACUUCAAACAGGAAAAAUACAAAGAAGCAACUCAGUAUUUCAACAAGAGUUUGACAGAACAUCGUACUCCUGAUGUCUUGAAGAAGUGUCAACAGGCAGAGAAGAUACUGAAGGAGCAGGAGAAACUAGCCUACAUCAACCCUGACUUAGCGCUGGAAGAGAAGACCAAGGGCAACGAUGCCUUCCAGAAAGGAGACUACCCCGUAGCCAUGAAACAUUACUCUGAGGCCAUUAAGAGAAACCCCAAUGAUGCCAAACUCUUCAGUAACAGAGCUGCCUGCUACACAAAGCUGUUGGAGUUCCAACUUGCCCUGAAGGACUGUGAAGUGUGCAUUCAACUUGAGCCCUCAUUCAUAAAAGGCUACACACGUAAAGGAGCUGCCUUGGAGGCCAUGAAAGACUUUACAAAAGCUAUGGAUGCGUACCAGAAAGCUCUGGAGCUUGACUCUUCUUCAAAGGAAGCCACAGAAGGCUUGCAGCGCUGCAUGGUCAGUCAGACCAUGAGGAAUGACAGUCCUGAGGAAGUGAAGAAAAGGGCCAUGUCUGAUCCCGAGGUGCAGCAGAUUAUGAGUGACCCAGCCAUGCGCAUGAUCCUCGAGCAAAUGCAGAAGGACCCUCAGGCGCUUAGCGACCACCUAAAGAAUCCAGUCAUUGCUCAGAAGAUUCAGAAACUCAUCGAUGUCGGACUGAUAGCCAUUCGUUGACAAGAACCAAGAGACUCCAAGACAACAGUGGAACAACUUGCAAAUCCCUCCAAAAUAUAACUUCCUCCUUUCUUGCCUUCAAAUUCAAAAGUAUAUAGUCCUUUGUCUCUCUGAGACUUUGUGACUUUGUGUGUAUGUUAUGUUUUUUUUUUAAAUCAGUUUCACAACUUUUUCAUUGUAUUUAAGAAAACAUCUUGUAUGUCAUCUGGAAAAUUUCAGGCCUUCAGAAAACAUCAUCUGAAAAAACUGGAUUUAUUUGUACAGAUGCUCAAAUACAUCUUAAAUAAACAGCACAAUUGAGUGCACCAGCACGUGCAGUGUUUAAAGGGGAAAUCCACCCUAAAGUUGAUCACAUAUUCAUAUUGGUUCAUGGUGUAAGGAAACAAAAAUAGAAACAUCUACACUUAAAAUAAAGAUUGUAAUAUAGAAAUCAAAAAUUUAAAUUGUCAACAAUGGUCAUUGUUCUUAAGUUUCUUGUCCUCUUUAGAUUUGACUUAACAUGGUGCUUUAAAGCUGAGGUGUCAGUUUGUUUUCCUCUUUUUUUUUUUUUUGGUCAUCUCAGGUAGAAGCUGAAUCUACCCUAUCUACUGGCCAGCCAUAUGCAGGUCCAGAAACUUGUAAACAUGUUUGGUAUUAUUUUUGUACUUAUCUAAAAUAUUUGAAAUUAGUUCCUUGCUGUCUUGGAUGAUAUUAUUUGUGUAAAGCAUAUGCCAGGAAAGCGUUGAGCGUUUCCUUGAUUGUGGUGGUUAGAGGAUUCAUACUGACAAAUUGUAACUGGGACUGGAAGAACAUUACUGAAUGCCAUCAGGAGUCUAGAGAUAUGUUGCCAUGAUAAGUGCUUUAAUGUUGAUCAUUAAUGGUUCAUAUAGCAAUUAAGACAGCCUUGUUAUUAUGUAAUAUUUUAUGUUAGUCAAAAAUUAAAAACAUUGAGGCAAAGCUCUUGUUCCAAUUGAACUAUCAGCAAGACACAAGAAUACUGUGCAAUUAUCUUAACAAAAGUUGCCAUGAGUUGCCCAAGCACAGCACAGGAGGAAGAUACUUUUGACUAGACUCAAAUAUUGGUUUUCCAAGGCUGGAAUUGGUGGUCUUCUUUCCAAAGUGACAACCUGCCUGGCUUGAACAUUUCAAGAUAAGGGGAUUAAUGUGAUGGUUAUUAAAGGGUGGAUUUACCUCUCUAAACUAGCAACUACUGGUUGUGUAAUAAGGGUCACAAUUAUUCCACUUCAUGAUGCAUCUUUAAUGUUUGUCCACUUGUCUUAGUGCACCGAAGCCCCAGUGCUGACCUCCUACAGCAGUGGACUGCUCAGCUUCUGUUUUCAGAGAGAAAUACACAUGUUAUACUAUUGCUAUGAAACGUGGCUUCAGAUACCUCAAAGUCAACACAUUGUGAAAGUAUCUGUGCUAUGAUUUCCAAGAGGGACUCAAAUAUGUUAGAACUGUGAUACAUUUUGUUUUUCACAUUACCACAGCAGAAGUGCUCUAUCUGGAUUUCUUUAUAACUUAGGGUAAACAACACAGCAAAAAUAGUGUUUUUUCCCCACAUCAAAGUCCCAUUGUAAUCAUAAACAACAAACAUGGAACUCACAUGAUGUAAAAGGCCCCAAGAAGUGUAAUGUACCAACUGAAAUCAGCUGUACAGUGAAAUAUACAGUAUCUGAAUGUA